AUGUCAGGUAUAUUUACAGACACUGAGAUGAAUGAGCAAUACCAGCAGGACGAUGACUUUAACCAACAAGAAGAGCUAGUAAGUGACCAAGAUAUGAUGGAUGAACAGAAUGAAUCCGAACAAGAUUUCAGAGAUGAAUUUACCGAGGUUACAAGCCCUAAUCGCUUGUAUACUAAGCUUUUCUCUUAUUCUAGUCUAUCUAUAUCUAUAUUUUUUCUUCUGUUACUCUCUGUAGAUAAUUCCUUAGAAGUAGUAGCAUAUGGAGAUCCUACUCUUGGAUUUAUCCCUGUUCCUUUGACACAAGCAAAUUUGAAACUGCAAAGACCAUAUGACAUACCCUUAGACCAAAGGUAUAGCUAUGAACAUGGAAUUCAUCGGUUAUGGGUCUAUGCCGACGACAAGCCUCAUGAACCAACUAGCCACACUCAACCUCGCACGGAAAUUCGUAUCUCAGGGCUUGACUACAACUCAGGGGUGUGGCAAUUUGAAGGGUAUGGUUUUGUACCAAAUGGAACAUCUGGUGCUACAAUAGCACAGAUCCAUGGUGCUGCACAUGGUGCUACCACACUUAUACUAAGAAUAUAUAAUAGUGGAGAAAUGAGAUACUACAGCAGAGAUUUAGUGGCUAAAAAUCUAUAUGACAAGUGGUUCAGACUCAAUAUCAUCCAUGAUGUUGAUGGUGGAACCGUUUCGGUGUUCACUGAUGGAAAGAAAAAGUUUCAUACAAAGGAUAAAGGUCCUGGAGAUUUGUACUUCAAAUGUGGUGUUUAUGCAGCACCUGCUAAUAUAAGCUACUACAUGGAAUCAAGAUGGAGAGACAUCAAAAUUUAUAGGUUAUAA